CGCUAACAAAACAAAAAAUUGGUGGGAAAUGAUGGAGGUAAGUAAGAAGUGACACGAUGCCGGGAAAUACUAGUAGUUCAGCACACAAAAAGCGCAUUCGGAUCCAAGACGUGUCAGAUAGUGAGGAUAGUGCAUGCAGAAACAGCUCCGACUCGGAUGACGAGGUCGUUCACAGUGCCAAGAAGAAAAGCAGAAGACUGCAGCUAUCUGACGACGACGAAGAAGAAAAGGAAAAUAGACAGUCUGAUGAAGAUGGAGGAGAACCAGAAGAGGAUGAUUCACACAGAAAAAGCUCUCGGAUCAACUUAAUGGAAGGAAGAAAGCGCAGACAAUCUUUGGUGUUUGAAAAACUAAAGACACCAAAGCGAGAAAGAUUAGAAGCUGUUGGUAAAGAUGACAGUGACCAUGAUGAACCUGAUGAAAGUGACUAUAACAGAAUAAAAACCAGUGAAGAUGACACCGAUGAAGACAGUCAGUCAGGUUUUAUAGUGUCUGAUACAGAAGAAAUUGAAAUAGAAGAGGAAGGGGAGGAAGAAAAGGAAGAGAUUUCUCCAACAAAAAAAGUUUCUUUGAAGCACAGCAAAAAGCCAGUGAUAGAUGAUGAUGAGGAUGAAGAAAAAGAUGAGAAUGGUGGAGCAGAAGUCAGUGAUUCAGAUAGCAUAAAGAUGCUUUCGUCUAGUUCUGACCCAGAAUCUGAUGCAUCAGAUGAAGAAGACAACUUCACAGACAUCCACAAGACCGCUGAGAUGCCUUGGAAGACCACGCUGACCACCUAUGAAGCAUUCAUGUUGGUUUUGGAGAUGUUACUUAAUGCUGUAUUCGAUCCUGAAUUUUUACAUCCUUGGAAUCUGGAAAAUCAUAAUUCUGUCAUUCGCCCUGCGUUCCAGAAGAUUUCUGAUGAAGUUCAUGCCAGGAAAGUCAUAGUGGACAGCCAGGCCUGGGGCAGGGCAUACAGGGAAGCUCUGGAGAGCCAUCCUCGUAUGAAAGAAAGCGAUUUAAGUUAUUCAACAACCGAUUGUGAGGCUUGCAACCGUAGAGAUCAUCCUGCCACAAGGGACAUCUUGUUUACAGGGAACAUGUAUGACGAGGUCACAUUACAACCUUUGGGGGAGGAAGAGGAACAGGAAAGUGACAGCAGUGACAGUGGAGAAGAAAAGUACAGGGGGGAUAAUCCAGCCAAUGGGUCCAUCUUUGAGGUUGGAAGGCACUGUGCCACAAGGUCGUCUCUGUACCACUGUUUAUAUCACUACAAAUAUGACUUGAUGGUGGCUUGUAGAAAAAAGGUGAAAAAGAUGCAGAAGAGGUUCCCUGAUGAUGAAUCCAGUGACAUUAUUAUCAAAUGCAUGGGUGACAAGUUAUGGAUAGAAGACCAAUUUAAAUUCCUACAGUCAUGUCUAAAUGCUGCAGAGCAGUACACUGAAGAUGCCAAACCCGAUUCAAGUAAUUUGGGCAAAAGAUGGCGCCCACGUACAAGAGUAGGAGGAUUAGGGUUCAGAUAAAGUUGUGUCAAGAAAGAUACACUUACAUGACAAUUAAAAAAAAAAACAGUGUUUAAUACUAUUACAUCUUAUAAGCUCUGUAGUAUAAUCAGACAUUCAGUUGAUACAACAAAUGUUUGCUAGUUUUUUUUUUUUUUUUUU